CAUAACCUUCAAAAUUUUGGCCGGUGAGGUUAGAAGUUGUUAUUGUCAACAGUUUGUUUUAAUAUAUUAUUUCUUACGUCCCUGUAAUCAUGUUUGAAGCAGAAGAAAUAAAUGCAGAACACAAAGAUUUAAUACACGAUGUUGCUUAUGAUUUUUAUGGGCAGCGAAUGGCAACAUGCUCAAGUGACCAGUACGUUAAAGUAUGGGACCAAAAUCAUGAAGGACGAUGGAUUCUCACUUCAAGUUGGAAAGCUCACAGUGGAUCUGUAUGGAAGGUGACAUGGGCUCAUCCUGAAUUUGGACAAGUUCUAGCAACCUGUUCAUUUGAUCGCACUGCAGCUGUUUGGGAAGAAAUAGUUGGAGAAACUCCUGGUCCAGGAGAAAGAGGCAGCAGACAUUGGGUAAGAAGAACUAACUUAGUGGACUCAAGAACUUCAGUAACUGAUGUCAAGUUUGGCCCCAAAACUCAAGGAUUGCAGUUAGCAACAUGUUCAAUAGAUGGUAUAAUUCGAAUUUAUGAAGCUCCAGAUGUCAUGAAUCUUAGCCAAUGGACUUUACAGCAUGAAGUUCAAUGUAAACUUUCCUGUAGUUGUUUAAGUUGGAAUCCGAGCCUAUCAAAGUCCCUUCCUCAAAUGCUUGCAGUAGGAAGUGAUGAUAGCAAUCCUGCUAAUGGUGGGAAGGUUUUCAUAUUUGAAUACAGUGAAAAUAUCAGAAGAUGGACAAAAAUUGAAACAAUAAACACAAUAACUGAUGCAGUUCAUGACAUAUCAUUUUCACCAAAUUUGGGUAGAAGUUUUCACUUAUUGGCAGUUGCAACCAAAGAUGUUCGAAUUAUAAGUUUGACACCGAUUCAUGAUCAAGCCAGUAUCCAAAGCGGCUUAACAAAACUGAGUGUUCAAACUGCAGCUCAAUUUGAAGAUCAUGCCAGUACUGUUUGGAGAGUUUGCUGGAAUAUUACUGGAACUAUUUUGGCAUCAAGUGGUGAUGAUGGUUGUGUCAGAAUGUUCAAAAUGAACUACAUCAAUACUUGGAAGCCAAUUGCUGUGCUAAAAGGUGAUGGUUCAAAUUUAUCAAAUGAAAAUCAAAAAUCUAUGGCAUCGUCUACAGGGGCUCCAGUUUCACAGACAGCGAGAUAUUACAAACUUGGUACCAUUUCAUCAUCUCGCGAGGUUCCGUGGCAUUAAUUAAGACUUCUUAUUUAUUGUUAGUUAAUUUCCUUCUUUGGUAUGAAUGAUUGUAGGUUGCAGCGUUUAAGUAAAACAAUAAAUUAAUAAAUUGCCUUCUUGUUUAUGUUAGGCACAUUUUAUAAUUAAAAUUAUUAGUUUUAGGUAUCUGAAUCUGUAUGUUAAAAUAUGGCUAAUAAAAUCCUAAAGGACAAUU